GAUGAGAUAGUUGAUGUACCAUGUUGUUGGACAACUUUGUACGGGGAUCAGAGUGGUGACUUGUGAAGUACAGAAAGCACGAGACGGCCUCAAAAAGUUUCCAACAUGGCGGACACCAAGAUGACUCUCCGCAUGCCGGGCGAAGAUUACAUCCGCUAUUUCCAACCAAGGGGUCUUCUGGACACUUACUACCGCGACUUUCCUCAGCAGGACGAUGGAAAAGAUUACCGACACUGGCUCAUGAAUACCCACCACCAGACUUUCAAAUCAGGUAAGUUCAAAGGAAGGCGCCUUCUGGAUGUCGGUACUGGGCCAAACAUCAUGAGCGUUUUGAGCGCCAGCAAGUACUUCCCCGACAUAACGUGUACGGAUUACGUGCAGAACUGCCGCGACGAGCUUCAGAUGUGGCUUCGUGACGACCCCGGUGCUUUUGAUUUUGGCUCUUACCUGCAGUACCUCAGCACACUGGAAGGGGGCAGCACUACCCCAGAGGACAUCGCAACGCGCCUGCGCACAGCAGUGAAGGCCGUCCUGCCCUGUGACGUCACUCAACCAAACCCGCUGGCGCCACAAAGUUUCGAGCCCUUCGAUGUCGUCGUCUCAUGUCUCUGCGUGGACUCGGCCUGCAAGACCAGGGUGGAGUACUGCGCAUGCCUGGGAAACAUGGCGUCACUCGUCAAGUCGGGCGGAGGUCUCAUCCUCGUCGGUACCCUGAACGGCGGUACCAUGUACACUGUGGGGAAGGAAAUCUUCUACAACGUCCCCGACAUUGACGAAGAUUUUCUUCGCGACAGUUUGGAGAAGGCUGGUUUUGAAAACGUUGAAAUUGAGCUGCAGUCCAGUAAUCUGGAUGUGAAUCUUGCCAACACACCAGCUUUCUAUUACCUGACAGCCGAAAAGGCCUAAAUUGUCGCUACCUUCUAACUUCAUCAUGCAGAAGAUAGGACGAUAAAUCGUUUUGUGGCUACCAAAUUUCAUACUAUAGAAUCCACACCAUCCAAAACUCUUAGCGAUACCAACUUUCAAAAGCUUAGCUUUGAGUGAUGAGAAUUUUAUAUACGGCUUACGUAUUGAAAAUUAUUAAAUAUUAAACAAGAUAGCAUUUGCCUGAUGAAGGAAAACUUAACAAGCAUGAUUAUGAAGUUUGAGAAGGUGGACGUCUUGCAAGUGGCUGUUACCACUUUCCUGUACGUUUCUAUAUUUCACCCAUACCACAGGUUUUGGCUGAAAAAUAUUGUUUUUCCUUAGGUUUUAACUUCUUCUUCUAAAGCGUCCAAGUCGAUUAAUUUCUGUCA